CGGGGCCUGCCCGGCCGCGGCCGGUGUCACGUGACGCCGGCGGCCGGGACCACGUGGUGCGGGCGGCGAUGGCGGCGGCGGCGGCGGCGCAGCGGGGCGGCGGCGGCGGCGGCGGCGGCGGCCGCGAGCCGGAGCCGCCGCCGGGAGGAGGCGGGGCCUCGUCGGACCAGAUCCUGCAGACGGGGGUGAUCCUGCUGCGGGGGUUCAUCCGCGACCGCGUCGAGCGCUGCGGGGACUCGCAGGCCGUGGCGCUGGGCCAGGCGGAGCUCGGCGGGCCGCAGCCCUGCAGCGCCGAGACGAAGCGCCUGGGCGAGUGUCUGCGGCGCAUCGGGGACGAGCUGGACAGCAACGCGGAGCUGCAGAGGAUGAUCGAGCAGGUGGGCUGCCACCCCCCCAAGGAGGUCUUCUUCCGCGUGGCCGCCGAGAUGUUCGCCGACCGCACCUUCAACUGGGGCCGCGUCGUCGCCCUCUUCUACUUCGCCUGCAAGCUGGUGCUCAAGGCGCUCUGCACCAAGGUCCCCGAGCUGGUUCGCACCAUCCUCAACUGGACCAUGGAGUAUCUGCGCGACCACGUCCUGGCCUGGAUCCAGGCGCAGGGAGGAUGGGAAGGACUGCUCUCCUACUUCGGCACCCCGACCUGGCAGACCAUCACCAUCUUCGCUGCCGGUGUUCUUACGGCCUCGCUCACCAUCUGGAAAAUGUCAUAGAGCCGGGGGGGCCGUGGCCCCCUCCCAGGACUGGCCCUGCCGGCAGGGACGGUGCUACCCCCCUCCAGCCCCUCGGGGUCCCGUGCCUUCGAGGAGGGGGGUCUUUUUAACAAACUGGACUUCAUUAGUACUUGCGCAGACUGGGGGUGCUGGACCGGGCCAGUCCCCCCCACCAGGGGAGCGGUGACCCCCCCGACGGACCGGCCAGGCCUGUGACGGCAUCACCCGGGACCCCCGGUCCGGGGAGGGACGCGCGGCGACACCCCCCGCCCUCGGCGCGGGGACGGGCGGCCCCGGGGCGGCGGUUGGAGCCUGGGUGCGGCGGUGCUGCGGGGGCCGGUGCCCUCACCCCCACUCCCGGGUCGGGGGGGCCGGUGCCCCAGCUGGGGCCGCGGGGGGGUCAGUGGCUGCAGGGCGGGUGUUUGUUGGGGGUCGUGACCCCCAAAAGGACCCCCCAGUGACACCCCACCGCCCCCCCGGGGGCUCUCGGGGCCAGGACCCCUGUUUACUCCCCCCGCUCAGGGGGGCCCUGCCUUGCAAUCAGUGUCCCCGCGGAGCCCCCCGGCACGGGGGCAGCGCCCCCCCAGGGCUCCUUGGGGGUGAUGUCAUGCAGCGAUGAUGUCAUGGGGGAGGUCCCCCCUCCCACCAGGGGAGCCCGGGUGUCUGUGCACUCCCCUGCGCCCCCCCCUUUUUUCUUUCUUUUGUAACUUGUUUUGUAUCUCGGGUUUUUGAUGUCUGGAAAUAAAGGGGAACCGGGCCGG